AUGUCUACCACCAUGUCGGACACACAUCCGUCGACGCCUCUCAAGGCAAUCGCUGAGGACCCCCCUCCGUUCAUGCACUCCUCUCAUGACAAGCGCCAGAGAAGCAACUCCUCAGUCUCCCAUGUCGAUGUCGGGUUCUUCGAUCCGGCUGGAGUGCGAGAGCUGCGACGUACCAUGUCACUGCAGCGCCAGGAGGAGCAGCAUGAGAUGCAGGAAGUCGCGUCGAUGGUCUCGGACGCUACACUGCGUAUCAGCGAUGAUGGCGCGUUCGACUUCGAGAAGACACUUCGCCACGUCCUUCGCAAGUAUGAAGAACACGACAUCAAGCACCGUACACUCGGGGUGGUCUUCCAAAACCUGCAUGUCACUGGUCUGGGUACCUCGGAUUCAUUCCAACCGACGCUCGGCUCCGCAUUGAACCCCUUAACCAUCUUUGAAACGGUACAGAAACGUCGCCACCCCACUGUGCGCGACAUCCUCGUUGGUUUCGAGGGAGUAGUCAAGCCUGGAGAGAUGCUACUCGUCCUCGGACGCCCUGGUUCGGGCUGCACCACCCUCCUUAAGACCUUAGCCAACCACCGGUCCGAGUACCACGCCGUCAACGGAGCCGUGCACUACGACUCCCUCACACCGCACGACCUUGCGACACACUUCCGGGGCGACGUGCAGUACUGCCCUGAGGACGAUAUUCACUUCCCCCGCCUAACAGUCGAGCAGACGCUCAAAUUCGCCGUUGCGACGCGCACACCGGCAAAGCGCUUCGCUGGGUUCUCGAGGGAGGAUUUCGUAGACUAUGCGACAAAUGUGUUGGCGACAAUAUUCGGGCUGAAGGAGGUGAUGGGGACGCCAGUCGGGGACGCGCAGGUGCGAGGUGUGAGUGGGGGCCAGAGGAAGCGCGUGUCGAUCGCAGAGUCGCUUGCGGCGAGGAGCUGCAUUGGCGCAUGGGACAAUUCUACCCGAGGCCUCGACUCUUCCACGGCUCUUGAGUUCGUGCGUGCUCUACGCCUCGCGACAGAUGCAUUCGAACAGACUGCCAUUGUGUCGAUCUACCAAGCUGGCGAAGCCCUCUAUCACCACUUCGACAAAGUCUGUGUCAUCUACGAGGGCCGCAUGGCGUACUUCGGACCCGCCAACCUCGCUCGACAGUAUUUCAUCGAUAUGGGCUACGAGCCGGCACACAGGCAAACGACAGCAGACUUCCUGGUUGCUGUGACUGACCCCACCGCGCGCAUAGCGAGAGAAGGAUACACAAAGCAGCCCCGCACAGCAGAGGAGUUCGCCGAAUAUUUCCUCAAGUCAGACGUUGCACAGAAGAAUAAGGCGGAAAUACAGGCCUACCUCGCAGAGCACGUUGACCAGCCUGAGAAGAAGGAAGCGUAUGUCGAAAGUGCGCGAGCGGAGUUUGCACAGCUGACUUACGCGAAAAGCCCGUACCUGCUCAACAUCCCACAACAAGUCAAGGCCGUCAUGUCCCGGCGCGUCCAUAUCCUCAUGGGCAACAGCCUAACCACGGGGUUGACGUUAUUCUCCUUUGUCUUCCAGGCAAUUAUCAUGGGUACCCUCUUCUUGCAGCUCCCCGAAGCGACGAGCGCGUACUUCUCGCGCGGCGGUGCGCUCUACUUCGUCCUCCUCUUCUCCGCCUUGUCCGCAAUGGCUGAGAUUCCUUCGCUGUACGCACAACGCCCGAUCGUCCUGCGGCACCAGAAGGCAGCGCUGUACCACCCGUUCGUCGAGUCGCUGGCGUUAACUCUGGUCGAUUUCCCAAUCACGCUCGUCACGAUUUUGAUAUUUGGCUCUAUUUUCUAUUGGAUGGCCGGGUUGCAGAGUGGCGUUGAUCAAUUCUUCGUGCUAUUGCUUUUUGUUUUUGGCAUGGCUCUUGUCAUGAAAGCCUGGUUCCGCGCCAUCGCAGCUGCAUUCCAGUCUGAAGCUGCCGCUCAGACGAUGGCUGGAGUCUCAAUUCUCGCCCUGGCUAUUUACACAGGCUAUACAAUUCCGAAGCCAACUAUGGUCGGCGCUCUACGCUGGAUUACCUAUAUCAAUCCUCUCAAAUAUGGAUUCGAGGCGAUCAUGACGAAUGAGUUCCGGACACUCAACGGGCUAUGCUCCAACCUCGUGCCUCAAGGUCCUGGCUACGAGAAUGUCACGCUGGAGAACCAAGUCUGCACCACCGUUGGGUCGCUGCCCGGCGAGCCGGAUGUGAACGGUAGUCGAUUCCUGGCGCUCGCAUUUGAGUUCUAUUGGAGCAACACCUGGAAGAACCUCGGCCUCGUCUUCGUCUUCGGUCUGGCUUUCCUCAUAGCUCUGUUCCUAUUUGCGGAGUUCAACACAGGACUGGCAACUGACACCUCCACUGUCCGUUUCAAACGCGGUACAAAGCUCAAAUAUAUUGCAAGGUCUAAAGCUGGUGACGAAGAGAAAGGUGGGACCGUGGUAGAUGCAAAUGCGAGCCAUGAGAAGACUAAACCCGCUCGGGCUGUCGAACGUGCUUCCUAUACCACGGAGGGAGCACCGACGAUGACCGACGUCUUCUCAUGGCAACACAUCAACUACGUGGUUCCUGUCCCUGGCAAAACCGACAGGCAGCUCCUCGAGGACGUCUCUGGGUACGUCGCACCGGGGAAGCUGACCGCCCUCAUGGGCGAGUCGGGGGCAGGCAAGACGACGCUCCUCAACGUCUUGGCUAUGCGCACAGACAUUGGUGUCGUCACUGGCGAGAGGUUUGUCAAUGGACAGGUUUUGCCGGUUGAUUUCCAGUCACAGACUGGAUAUGUCCAGCAGAUGGAUACGCACGUUCCAUUCAACACCGUUCGUGAGGCGCUUCUUUUCUCAGCUAAGCUCUGCCAGCCACCUUCCGUACCUCUCGAAGAGAAGGAGGCAUAUGUCGAGAAGUGUCUCGAAAUGUGUGGCCUCGUAGACUACGCGGAUGCGACUGUCGGUUCUUUGAGCAUUGAGCACCGUAAGAGGACGACGAUAGGCGUAGAGCUCGCAGCCAAGCCAAAGCUUCUUCUGUUCUUGGACGAACCUACCUCUGGCCUUGAUUCUCAGAGCGCUUGGGCUAUUAUUUCUUUUUUGAGGACUCUCGCGGAUAGCGGACAGGCUAUUUUGUGCACGAUCCAUCAACCCUCCGCUGAAUUGUUCCAAGUGUUUGAUCGUAUGCUGCUCCUAAGGAAGGGCGGACAGACAGUCUACUUCGGCGAUCUGGGACAUCAUGCCACCACCCUCAUCAAUUACUUCCAGAAGAACGGUGCCCGUACAUGUGGUGCAGAGGAAAACCCGGCUGAAUACAUGCUCGACGUCAUCGGUGCUGGUGCCACUGCGACCAGCGAGCAGGAUUGGUAUGCCAUCUGGAAGUCGUCCCCAGAGGCGAAGGCAGGUCUGGAAGAGAUUGAAGCCAUUCACGCCGAGGGUCGCAACCGACCUGCUGUCGAGGCCACUUUCCAUUCUGAAUUCGCAACUUCUUGGGUUUAUCAGGCAUGGGAACUGUUCAAGCGCGACGCGGAGGCUCACUGGCGCGAUCCGACGUACCUCAUUGCCAAGCUGGUGCUCUCGGGUGUCGGAGGCUUCUUCAUCGGGUUGACGUUCUUCAAAUCCAAGGAUAGCCAACAGGGCACUCAGAACAAGCUCUUCGCAAUCUUCAUGGCUACUCUCUUAUGCGUACCGCUCGCCAACCAGAUUCAAGUCCCGUUCAUCAACAUGCGCAAGAUUUACGAGAUUCGCGAACGGUCAAGCCGCAUGUAUAGCUGGACCGCGCUCGUCAUCUCGCAGAUUCUCAUUGAGAUCCCCUGGAACAUAUUGGCGUCUUCACUCCUGUUCGUUUCGUGGUACUGGACCAUAGGUUUCCCCAACUCGAGGGCAGGAUAUAGCUACCUCAUGAUGGCAAUUAUCUUCCCGUGCUAUUAUACCACCUUCGGUCAGGCUGUAGCAGCGAUGGCGUCCACGGCUGAGAUUGCUGCUGUUCUGUUUUCUUUCUUCUAUGCGCUCGUUCUCACGUUCAACGGUGUUAUCCAGCCUUACGUGCACCUCGGGUGGUGGAAAUGGAUGUAUCGAGUCUCGCCUUUUACGUAUCUUAUUGAGGGUUUAUUGGGCCAAGCUAUCGGACAUCAAGAGGUCAAUUGUUCCCCCGUUGAAUUCGUUUCUAUCAACCCUCCGGCCGGCUUGACUUGCCAACAGUACAUGGCUGCGUACAUGUCUUUUGCUGGGGGAUACCUCACCAAUCCCGAUGCUUCGAGCGCUUGUCAAUUCUGCAGCAUUCGCACCACCGAUCAGUUCCUCGAGCUCGGUUUCAACAUCCGCUAUGAGAACCGUUGGCGUAACUUGGGCAUUCUCGUUGGAUUUUCGGUUUUCAAUACAAUACUGAUCUUCACCUUGACUUAUAUAUUCCGCAUUCGCCAAGGAAACCUCCUUCCCUCGUUCUUCAAGAAGAAUUAG